UAUUGGAUCGUACUGAGGAAAAUUAAUCUGCUUGCCUUUAAUUAAAUAAUUCAGCCAUCGAAGAAGCCGAAAAGAGAGAAGAGAACGCUCUGUAGUGUUGCGUUUGGUUAAUUCGAGCUAGGAGGGGGGGAAAAAAAGAGAUGGCGGGGGUGGCGUCUUGGAAACCCAUGGCCCUGAAGGCACCUCCGGCGGCCCCGCCGCUCCGCUACCACUCAUCCAUCCACCCGAUCCCCAUCGGCGCCCCAGCUUCCGUUUUCCAGAAAGCCCCGAUCUUGAGGAGCGCAAUGGGGCUACCCCUCGCCGCGGCGCCCAUCCGGCCCCGGGCAAUUGCGGACGACGAGGAGUGGGGCGGAGAGCUGGGGGAGGAGGAGGGGGCGGCGGCCGGGGGACUGGCAGUGGCGGAGCAGGAGGAGGAGGAGGUGAAGGUGGAGCCGAUCGAGGUCGGGGAGCUAAAGCGGAAGCUGAUGGAUUUGCUGUACGGGACGGACCGGGGCCUGCAGGCGUCGAGCGAGACGCGGGCGGAGAUCGUGGAGGUCAUCAACCAGCUGGAGGUCAGGAACCCUACUCCUGCUCCCACCGAGGCCCUCACCCUCCUCAACGGCAAAUGGAUUCUGGCGUAUACUUCGUUCUCGCCCCUGUUCCCACUGUUGGGUUCAGCGAGGCUGCCGGAGCUGGUGAAGGUGGAGGAGAUAUCACAAACAAUCGACUCUGAGAAUUUUACGGUGCAGAAUUCAGUGCAGUUUGCCGUGCCGCUCGCCACCACCUCUGUCACGACCAACGCCAAGUUCGAAGUCCGAAGCCCCAAGCGCGUGCAGAUAAAAUUUGAGGAAGGCAUUAUAGGCACUCCACAGCUAACGGACUCCAUCGUUUUACCCGAGAAGGUAGAGUUCCUGGGGCAGAAUAUUGACCUCUCUCCUUUCAAGAGUGUGAUCACUUCAGUCCAGAAUGCAGCAUCAUCGGUUGCUAGGACAAUCUCCGAACGGCCACCAUGGAAGAUCUCCAUCAACAACGACAAUGCACAGUCCUGGUUGCUAACAACCUACCUUGACGAGGAGCUUAAAAUCUCAAGAGCUGAUGGUGGCGGUAUCUUCCUUCUCAUAAAGGAAGGUAGCUCGCUCUUGAACUAGAGCCACACCUUCUAUCGGAAAAGAUAGAUGCCCCCAGGUCAUGUUCAUGGUAUAGAUGUACUAUGUGUUCCAGUUGAAUGUAACUUUUACAUAAUGCUAGUUCAUGUUUAUUAUUUAUGACGAGUUAUUGGAGCUCUUUUUCCCCUGUGUGCCU